AGAAAUUGUUUUGACCCGGAAGUGGUUAUCCGCGGGACGAUCACUCGAAAAUAUUUUCAAAGACAAUAGAACAUGUGUUUAUGAACAUUUUAACGUUUUUUUUCUUCCGUUAAUCAUUUACAGAGAAAUGGCUUCUCCGAACCAUAAUCCCGGUGUAGCAGGGACAGUCACGGUGACGUCUUCGCAAGAUGGUAAAACACAGACUUUGGUGGUGGCUUCUAGCCCGGCCGGGCUCCGCGGUAAGAAGCGACCUGCUAACACGGCCACCUCUCCUGCUCUACCGGCCAGUGGGAACAACAGCAAGAAGAAGAAGCAGCCCAUCGCAAACCAGACACAAGCGCAGGUGGCUGCAGUGGAGGCGGUGUCUGAGGGGAAUGCAGUGGGUGUGUCUGACGCUGUAGCUCCAGCCACAACUGACCCUGCAGCCAAACCCCUGCCCUUCAAAGACCCCAUAUUUGUGCAUUCAGGGAUAGGGGGAGCUGCAGCAGGAAAAAAGAACCGAACCUGGAAAAACCUGAAACAGAUCCUGUCAGUGGAACGGACUCUACCCUGGAAGAUCAAUGACCCCAAUUACUACAGCAUCGAUGCCCCCCCCUCCCUGAAGCCAGCCAAGAAAUACUCAGACAUCUCUGGACUCCCCGCCAACUACAUGGACCCCCAGACCAAGCUGAGGUUCACGUCAUCUGAGGAGUUCUCCUUCCUGCGCCUGCUCCCCACUGACGCCGUCACCGGUUACCUGGCGCUCCGCAAGGCCACCUGCAUUAUACCCUGACCGCAAGGCCUGCUGGGAGAUGGGAGUUCAGCCAGUGUCUGUCCUGGCCUGGGAGGGACAUUGACCUUUAGGGAGAACAACACAACACUGACCUUUGAUCAGUUUCCACUGUCUAGGAGGCAUCUGAGACUCUCGGGGAGAGGGACCAACAGGGACUGUUACAAAGAGAGGGAACUCACACUCUCACACAGCCUGAAAACCAAUAGAGACCUUGGGCCCCAUUUCAACAACAAGGAAGCGUCUGUAGUGUCAAGAGACUGUAUCACGCCCAAUCUGACCGAUGUCAUGAUGGGGAUUUGAUGAACACAUUCAGUAGAUUGAAGACCUUUAGAGUUAUCUGCUGUCUACACAGACCUUUUGAGUUAGUUACUGUCUACACAGACCUUUUGAGUUAGUUACUGUCUACACAGACCUUUUGAGUUAGUUACUGUCUACACAGACCUUUUGAGUUAGUUACUGUCUACACAGACUUUUAAGUUAGCUACUGUCUACAGGAAAAACAAACAAGUGAAUAACUUGACCCUCCUAUGAUGAUUGCUCCAUGAUCUGUCUGAAAUCAUCACGUUUCUAUGUGUUUCUCAUGUUGCUGUGUGAUGAUAGUGUUGCUACUUAUUUUAUCUGCCCUCUGUAAGAUAACACCACAACACUCAACAUAUUGUUACCUGUUUUUUAUUUAUUUAAAAAACAAAAUACUUAUCGUCCUUACUCAAUAAACUAGUUGUGGCACA